AUGAAGCUGGUUCUUGAAGGUCAGAUCACACUUCUCCCAAGUUGUGUUGUUUUGCUGUGCGGUGCGGGCGCGUGUGCUGAGCGGGUGCGAUGCGGUGCGGGUGCGGGUGCGGUGCGGGCGCGUGUGCUAUGCGGGUACGAUGCGGUGCGGGUGCGGGUGCGGUGCGGUGCGGUGCGGGCGCGUGUGCUGUGCGGGUGCGAUGCGGUGCGGGAGUGGGAAACCCCGUGUGACAACAGACAUGUCUAGGAGUGGGAGACCCCGUGUGACAACAGACAUGUCUAGGAGUUGGAGACCCCGUGUGACAACAGACAUGUCUAGGAGCGGGAGACCCCGUGUGACAACAGACAUGCCUAGGAGUGGGAAACCCCGUGUGACAACAGACAUGUCUAGGAGUUGGAGACCCCGUGUGACAACAGACGUGUAUAGGAGUGGGAAACCCCGUGUGACAACAGACAUGUCUAGCAGUGGGAGACCCCGUGUGACAACAGACAUGUCUAGCAGUGGGAGACCCCGUUUGACAACAGGCAUGUCUACGAGUGGGAGACCCCGUGUGACAACAGACAUGUCUAGGAGUGGAAGACCCCUUGUGACAACAGACAUGUCUAGGAGCGGGAGACCCCGUGUGACAACAGACAUGUCUAGGAGUGGGAGACCCCGUGUGACAACAGACAUGUCUAGGAGCGGGAGACCCCGUGCGACAACAGACAUGUCUAGGAGCGGGAGACCCCGUGUGACAACAGACAUGUCUAGGAGUUGGAGACCCCGUGUGACAACAGACAUGUCUAG